AUGUCAAUUGAAUACACCAAAACCGCACGUGAAGGACGUGAGAACCAGUUGUACAACACAACAACAGGUGCUCGUCUGGUGAGUGGUUGUGUGUGUGUGAAUGAAGCUGGGGAUAGAGUACUCCUUGUUGGCUCGUCGCGUAACAACAACAAAUGGGUAUUACCAAAGGGAGGUGUUGAGACUGAUGAAGAUGAUGACGGCGACUACGUGAGGGCUGCGAUUAGAGAAACGUGGGAAGAAGCUGGUGCUAUAGGAACUAUUGUGAGAAAGUUGCAAGUGAUUCCAGAUCUAAGAUCACCGGCUGAAUGGGCUAAGGGUUCCAUGAAGGAGACCAAUGGCGUCUUGAGGAACCCACCAAGAUCGGAAUUUCACCUCUACGAGAUGAAGGUUAAGGAGCUACACGAUGAAUUCCCAGAAAGUGCAACUAGGAAAAGACAGUGGUUCACUUUUGAAGAUGCGAUUGAGAGUUUGCAGAGUAAUAAGAGACCGGAACUCGCAAAGGCAGUUGAGCAGAUAAUGCUGAAUAGUGGUGCUUAA